ACACCAGAAUCCGCGAACCACAGACGCACACAACACCACUCAAGCUUGCUGCUGCACUACUGCCGAAUCGUACGUGAGACACAUGGCUGCUCCGAAGGGCGCGACGCUGGCGCUGGCCGUGCUCCUGGCGGCGACCGUGGUGGCUCCGCCGGCCGCGGUGCGCGCGGCGAUGUCGUGCUCCACGGUGUACAGCACGCUGAUGCCGUGCCUGCCGUUCGUCCAGAUGGGCGGGGCCAUGCCGCCGCAGCCCUGCUGCGGCGGCAUCCGCAGCCUGCUGGCGCAGGCCAACAACACCCCGGACCGACGCACCAUCUGCGGCUGCCUCAAGAACGUCGCCAACGGCGCCAACGGCAGCGACACCUACAUCAACCGCGCCGCCGCGCUGCCCAGCAAGUGCGGCGUCUCCCUGCCAUACAAGAUCAGCACCAACGUCAACUGUAACACGAUUAACUGAGGCGUCGUCCUGUGCGAGGAAUGCAUCAUGGCUGAUUGAGAGUAAUAAAAUAAUGCUACUGGUUUGGUAUUUGAAGCUAGAUCGAGUGUGGGCUAGAUCGAGUUGUGCCUGUGUCUCGAGUCAUUUAUGGUGUUUAGGAAUCGUCUACACAGUUUGUAACCGUGUGUCGUGGAUGCAUGUUGCCGCGAGCAGAGUAGCCAUGAACUGGUGUGUGCCGGUGUGCCCUGCUGUGUAAUUUCUAUGUAAUGUGUUGGUGCUUCGAUCCAGAUGUAUCCCCUCGUGGUCUUGGAAAUGUUAGAUUGUUGCAGUAUCAUUACCGUA